AUGAGGGUUGUCGUGUCUUCAAUUAUAGAAUUACACACCCAUGACAUUUCAGCAGACACGCUAGAGUGGCAAGACGAAUCACCGGAUCCGAAAGUUGAUUACAUGGAGAUGUUAAUUGCAGAAGGUGUCGAGUUUUGCAGGGAUUCUUUUAUCGGCGGAGAAGUUGGCCAUUCUACACCUACACAAUCAUCUGUUGUUAAAAGCAGGAAAAGGAAUCUGCCGGCCGGGCAGAAAGAAAAGUCUGUCGCUCCUGUGCGAGCCAAAAAACUAAGGGAAGGUCGUAACUAUGUAAAGCCGCCCAACCUAGGAGAUCCACAGCCUCUUACGGCCGAGAGGAUAGCAGAGCUCAUAGACGCCGCCAUGAAGACGGCCCAGUCGAAGCUGGUCGACUCAGUGGCCUCGUCUAUGCUGGCGAUGGAAAGUAGGUUGGAGCGGAGCCUGAAGGACAAGAUAUCUGCUAUGCUCGCCGCGGCAGGCCAGUGCACAGUAGCUGACCAAGUUAUCGGCGACGUCCUCAGAGAUAUCGACACGGAGACAGAGACAGACCGUAGGAACGACGAAUUAAGUGGGCGUAAGCCGCAGACCAACGAUCAGAAGGGCAGUGAAGAGCCAAAGACUCAGGACAUCGGCGACGUGGCUCUCAUUACCGAACCAAUUACUGAACAGCCUGAAGACCCUGCCCUUCGAGCUGACAAAUCCCCGGCCCCCGAUACAGAAGGCGAACCACAAUCACUGAGUCCCUCCUCGGGCGUACCAGUACAGGCAGUCAACCCGAAAUUCGCUGCACUAUCGAACAACUCAUCGCCCGACAGGGUUCUAAAUGUGGGUGGAGGAUUGCUCAUCAGGGAGCAAGAUGUAAUCGAUUUACCGCGGUCAAUACCACCGUCCCAUCCAGAGGUAGGAACUAAGAUUUAUUGCUCUCUGUAA